AUGUUCAAUAAUACAUUCUAAUAUCCUUAUUCCCCUUGUAUUUUACCUAUCUGUUACUAUAGAUAUGAUAAUCCGGUUUAAGGAUUAUACUUCAUUGAAAAUUAAAGCAUUCCAGUGAAUAAUUAUCCUUUGGUUCAUUAAUAAAUAGACUAACAAUAUAUGUACAAUUCUAAAGAGUAAAGUGCUGAAUCAUAAGGAGUUCCUUAAAAUAGAACCCAAAUGGAUUUCAGCCCUCUCCAAUAAUAUGAGACUACCGUAGAUAAAGACAAUUUUUUACCUUCAAUCUCCUAAAAAAAAAAUAAAAUUAAAGAAGAGCAUUUUGAAUAAUAUUAAAUAAGUAGUAUUGUUAAUAAAGGUUAAAAAAAGAUUGCUUCAUAAGAUAUAGGUAAUGAGUCUAAUGCACUUUUAUCAUAAGUAAAAGCAAAUAAUGGCUAAACUAUUCAUACCAAUCAAAGUAACUCUAGCGAUGGGAGUGUGUUUUCGGAGGAUUACAGGAUGGCAGGUAUGAGAAGCAUAUCAUCAGGUUAAUACCAACCUGUUGAAAUAAUAUUCAAUAAUUAAUUGCUAACAAAAAGAGAUGAAAAAAAUAAUAGCUACUAAUAAAUUGAAUUUUAACAUCCUGAUCCUCCCAAGCAGCCAUCUUACUCUGCAGAACCUAUAAAAACGUAUUUCAAUGAAAUGCAGUCAACAUCUUCUUAAAAGACUUAAAAAGGCUAAGAAAACUAAAUUUCUGAACAUUUAAAACAUCAUAGGAAUAGCAACGAUACAAUAAAAAUAGAAUGCUUUGAAAAUAGUAAUAUUGCCACAAAUUAAUUUAAAAAAAUAAAGAAUAGCAAAAAGAUUAAAUUAGAAGAUAACUAAAAACCUUAGCUUUCUAAAUAAUUAAUAAAAUAAAGUCAAUUUCAAAACAACAAUAAGGAAAAAUCUAUUACAUCCAAAUAAGAAGAAAAUUAAUUAAAAAAAUAUAUAUUGUAAUCUUUAAAGAUAGAAACCAAUAGGAUUGCUGCAAUUGAUUAAUUAAUUCAAAAUAAUUUAAAUAGUGAUAAUUCUUUUUAAUAAGAAACUUUUUCAAAUGAAAUUAUUGACAAUCAAUCUAUUGAUUCUGCAAAUAGUACAAAUAGCGAUUUCCUCCAAGUUGUUGAUUAAAUAAAAUGCUUUGUAAGUUAACAAAAUUCUAUUGAAACUGUCUUAAAUGAUAUUUAAUUCAACGCUAAAAAAUUUUCUUAGAAAGAGAUUUUGAGUAAAUGCAUCUAUGUUACUCAGUAAAGUGAAACACACAAAGUAUUUUAAUAAAUCUUAAAAUAACCAUUUUUUUUAGGAUCUGAAUGCUCAAAUUAAAAUGAAACCAACUAAUCUAACAGCAACAGUGUAAAAAAUUAAUCAGCUAACUAAUUAAAUUAACUGUAGAGUUAAAGUGUAAAAAAUUUUCAGGCUUAAAACGAUUAAUAAUAAUAACAAAAAAUCACAUCACCCUCAAAUGAACAUUAGACUAGCCUAAAAAAGAAUUAAUUAACAAAAAGUGAAUUUGAUUUUAAUAGCCAAGUUAAAUUAAAUAAUAAAACUAGUUUUAUUUAAAAAGCUAGUAAUUAAAAUUUAUACGUCAACUCACAUUUAAAUUAGCCAUCAAAUGAUAGCACUGCAAAGCUUCUAGAUUUUUAAGAAAACAUUAAGAGAAAGAUGAUUUUUCAUCCUAGUGAUCACAAAAUGCUUAAUCUUUAUAAUUUUUCUAUUAUGCGUGAUUUUCCUGAGCGCAGAAAUACCUCAACCAGUAUCCAUUCUCAUCCUCCAAACAACUUAAUCAAUGACACCCAUAUUUAAUCUGAUGUUUUUCAAUAUAAUAAAAUGGAUGUUGAGCAAGAUGAAGCUAAUUUAAAUAACAAUAUAGCUUAAACAUAAAAGAAUAAAAAUAAAAAAACUAUUUAUUCCCGCUUUCAUAAUCUGAACAAGUUAUUUAUCUAUAAUAUUAUGGCAAUGUUGCAAAAUGAAAACUUAGAAAACUUCAAUAUCCCACAACAUCUUAGAGUAGAACUAAUAUCAUUUUUAAAACGUCUAAAACUCUCAGGUAAAAUUCGUCCUUGUUCUGAAAAUCCAUCCUAAACAGAGACAUACACUGUAGAAAGCUUCUCCCAUGUACACUACAACGUUCUAUUUUUAAAAAUCAAUGAAUCUAAUAUUUCGAUAAUAAGGAAAUCCCCCAGAGAUGUAUUUCUACAUAAACUUUGCUUUAAUGUUGAUUUGAAUAAUUAUUUAGAUAUUGAAAUUAUAAAAGUAAAUAUAUUAAAGAAAAUCAUUUUCUAAAUAUUUAUGCAAUCUAUUCAAGAGCACCUUUAUGUAGAUGAUCACUCAUACUCUAAAUCUAAUAAUAGAGUUCUUUAUAGUAUCAAAGCAAUUAAAGGUAUUAAAAAACUUUCUCUGGGAAUUUACUUCAAUCGUUUUUGA